AUGGAUUACUAACAAAAUCAGUGUCAGCAUCUAGAUCUUAUUCCUUUUAAUAAUAAGUUCUUUUGUAGAUUAUGCGGGAUUCACAUGCCCGAAGAUGGGAGCAUAGGAAUUAAAGCUUUGAAUUUUAGUUUUCCAGGUUAUCUAAAUCCAAUACAAAAUUUGAAGAAGUAAUGGAACCGAGCAGUUCCAAUAGGAUCAUAACCAGGAGAAUAUUAAAAACAACGCUUAUCUUUAAUCGAUUAUAUGAUAGAGUGGAGUGAAAAGUUAAAACUAUCCAUGAAUUCUUUAUUUCUUGCAGUCUAAUUUUUAGAUUAUUUUGUAUCAUAAAAGAAAGUGGACCCUGUUUAAUAUAGAUUGUAUGGUGCUACUUGUCUUAUGUUGGCAGCUAAAUCAAUUGAAUUGGAUGAAAGAAUUCCGUUUAUUAGUAAGCUAAGGAGAUAUACCUAUUUACCUUAUGCGACAUUAGAUUUUAGAAGAUGUGAAUGCCAAAUCAUUAAGUAAUUGAAUUGGAAUCUACAAUGUACUACUUUAAUUGAUUGGGCUGAGGCAGUGAUCUCUUUAGGAAUAGUCUAUGAAUCGGAUGAAUUAGCAUAAUCUGAAAACGUCUUAAAAGAAAAAAGUACCAACAUUCUUCAGCAAUAAAACAAUCAACAAAUUAAAUAAGACAUAUUCAAGGAACAUUUGGAUUAAGUUCUCAAAUAGCCUAUUGUUGCUCCAAAAUAAGUUAAUGAGAAAGUUUAAGAAUAGCUAAUUAAACUCUGUGUAUCUGUGCUGAAAGAUGGAACCUUCUUAGACAAAGAUCCAGCAGAAUUGACGGUUUCUGUAAUUGGGUGUGCUAGAAAGGCUAGUGGAUUGAAACAUUCAAUACCAAAAUGCUUGUUUGAAUUGUUAGAAAAUGUAGAGCCAAAAUUUUAAGAAAGUUUAACUGAUCAGUUUCUAAAAUAAGUAAAAUAACCAACAAGUGUCUUGGGACGAGCUUUUACAACAGACUUAGAUUUUUUUAGUCUUUAAAAUCACAAACAUAGAAUAGUAUGA